UAAAAUCUACUUGUACUAUUAUAACCUGCCUCUCCUCAUGCUCUCUUUCUGCAAACACUUGAACAUUUAAGAAGAUGAGCAUGGCAGCACAAAAUUUCAAAACCUCCAUCCAAAUCCAACCCUCAUUUCAAUGUCAUCUCUUUCCUUCUUCACUACCGACAAUCUUCAAAAUCCGCCACAAGCGUCAAAGCCCCAUAACUCUCAAAUUUCACCCAAUCAAAGCUUCAAAUCACAAAUACAUCACUCCCACAAAACAAGAAGAAGAAGAAGAUGAUGAUGGAAUCCCCAUUGAACAUAUCAAAACCCUUGUCAAAUUCAAGUCCAGGCACAAUUACAUCCGGGUUCUAGAAGUUUCUAGAAGAGCCGACCACCCAUUAGCUGGUUCCCGGCUUCUUCUUCUCGACGCACCUGGAAACAUCCACAGCAUAUCAUUCCUCUUCAAAUCAAUCACCAACGCCUAUUACGACGUUCUAGCAACUCUUCCCCCAAUUUUACCACCUGGUCCAUUAGGAAUUCUCGGGUUCGGAGCCGGGUCGGCUGCGAAAUUGAUUCUUGAAUUGUACCCACAAGGUGUUAUCCAUGGAUACGAGCUAGACCCAUCUGUAAUCUCAGUUGGAAGAGAAUAUUUAGGGCUUUCGAAAGUUGAAAAACAAUACCCAGAUCGUCUUUUCAUCUAUAUCAGCAAUGCACUGAAUGCCAGUGUGAAAGAUGGGUAUUCUGGGUUGAUAGUUGAUUUGUUUAGUAAAGGGCGUUUGAUACCUGAGCUUCAGAACCCACAAACAUGGGAGAAAUUGAAAGGGAAAUUGAAGAAAGGAGGAAAGAUAAUGGUGAAUGUUGGAGGGAGUUGUGUAGAACCAGAGGAUAGUAGAAAAGAUGGGAAGAUGAUAAUGGAAGAGACAUUAAUGGCAAUGAAUAAGGUUUUUGAAGGUGAAGUAUUUGUAUUGAAUCUUGGAAAUAGAAAGCAAGAAGAUAGUAGUGUUGCUAUUGUUGGUGGAUUGCCUGAUUUAGAGAAAUGGAGGAUUUCUUUGCCUAAGCCUUUGAGGUUUUAUGUUGAUAUGUGGAACAAGUAUGGUGGAUAAUGAUAAAAAAAAA